AUGAGUUCCUUGUCAGUACUUGAAGCCAAGCUCGAAGCUGAAUCGAAAGCUUUCCAACAAUUGCAAAAAGAACUCUCGAGUGCCAUCGAGUCGCGCCAACGGCUGGAUUCCCAACAGCAAGAGAAUGAAGUUGUUCGCAAGGAAUUUGACCACUUGGAAGAUGAUGCCAACGUGUACAAGCUUAUUGGUCCUGUCCUCGUCAAGCAAGAAAAGGCUGAAGCAGAAACCAAUGUGAAGAAUCGAUUGGAGCUUAUUUCAAAGGAAAUUGAACGUGUCGAGAAGCAACUCAAGGACUUGACAGCCAAAUCAGAAAAGAAAAAGGCCGAGAUUGCCGAACUUCAAAUGCAAUACCAACAACAACAGCCUAGUGCAAGCAAAUAA